AUGCCAGCUCAGUCAGAUCUUGAAGCUCUUUAUGUCAAGGGAGCGCGAGUUUGGAUCCCCGAUGCCGAAACAGUCUGGCGCCCCUGCAAGCUCGCAGAAAAUCUUGAUCCAGAGUCCGAUCACGUGAAUGUCAUCUUCGAGCGCGAGGAUGACGCCGGCUCAGACAGCGAAGAUGAUGACGACGAGUACAAUGUGCAUAAGUUCAACCUCAAGAAAAAUGGGAAGCCGCAUUUGCGUAAUCCAGAUGUUUUAUUGGCAGAGAAUGAUUUGACGGCGCUGUCAUUUCUUCAUGAACCGGCUGUGUUAAACUCUUUGAAGGAACGGUUUGUUCAUCGUGAACAAGUGUAUACCUACUGUGGAAUUGUCCUGGUCGCCAUCAACCCCUACCAAGCAUGUCCCAUCUACGACAAUGAUUUCAUCGAGCUCUAUUCAACCCGGGACAACGCAGAACUCGACCCGCACAUCUAUUCAAUCGCCAAUUCGGCCUUUACAAAUAUGACUCGCUUCGGGAAGAAUCAAUCCAUCAUCGUCACUGGCGAAUCGGGCGCAGGAAAAACCGUGUCUGCAAAGUUCUCCAUGAAGUUUUUCGCACAACUUGUGGCUGCUGCUCAAACUGAUCCACAGAUCGUCAGAUUUCCGCCUGACAUUGAAAGAGAGCUCGCCUCCCUCCAUUUGAAAGAAGUGACCGACUUCACCUACCUCACUGCUGGAGAAUGCCUAGAAGUAGACAACGUUGACGAUGCCAAGGAAUUCAGCGAGACUCAAUACGCCCUUACUCUCCUGGGCGUCGGUUCAAAAGAGCAAAGUCUCAUUCUUCGCGUCCUCGCCGCCAUCCUUCACAUUGGCAACAUCGAGAUGACAGAGUCAGGCAACGACUCCGCCUCUCUCGAUCCAGCUGAGAAAUCUCUCGGAAUCGUUUGCACGCUCAUGGGCGUCGAAAGCUCGCAGCUCUGCCAGUGGCUUAUUCACAGACGAAUUCAAACUGUCACCGAUGUUUUUGAUAAACCAUUACGGCUAGAAGAAGCCAUCAGCGCUCGAGACUCCCUCGCAAAGUUCAUUUACGCGAAGUUAUUCGAAAUGAUCGUGGGUCAAGUCAAUGAAGCGCUGAAAACCAAGUCGAAAUCAGCGAAUUCUAUCGGCGUUUUGGAUAUUUACGGAGACAGUGCGGCUUUCUGCAGCUGGAUUCCCGGAAGAUGGACGUACAAAGACUUCCGUACUCGCUACCGCGUUCUUCUUCGAGGAAAAGAGCCGAAAAUGGAGCCGAGAAAAGCGUGCGAAGCGAUGCUUACCCGACUUAUUCCCGAUGAAGAUAAAUACGCUUUCGGGAAGACGAAGAUCUUCUUCAGAGCCGGUCAGGUCGCGCUGAUGGAAAAAUGGAGAAUUGACAGGUUGAAUCACUCGGCAGCGAUCAUCCAGAAGUUCAUCAAGAUGUUCAUUUACCGACGACAGUACCUGAAAAAACGAGCAAUUGCGAUCAAGCUUCAAACUGCAGCCCGAGCUUUCCUCGCUCGAAAACAGCUUCAAGAGCUGAGGGAACAGGCUGCUGCGACGAAGAUUCAGAGCUGGUGGAUGAUGACCAAGGCGAGGAUCAUGUACGAAAAGCUGAGAAGAGGCACGGUUUAUGUCCAGAGCUUAGUCAGGAAGAAGUUCGCAAUGCAGGCCGCUUUUGGUCUCAAGCGAGAGCAAGCUGCUACGCUGAUUCAGUCGGUUUGGCGAAUGUAUCAGGCCAGGAAACUAUUUGUACUGAAUAUCAGAAGAAUCGUCCGAAUCCAGUGCUUGUGGCGUGUUAAAGUAGCCCGUCGACGAUACAGGAUUCUCAGAGCAGAAGCACGUGAUGUCAACAAGAUGAAAUCGCUCAAUAAAGGUCUUGAAAAUAAAAUCAUGGAACUCAAGCGAAAAAGCGACGACAAAGCGGCAAAGAUUAAGGAGCUAGAAGAAAAACUCGCUAAAGCUGACAAGAGCAGCGAGCUCAGUGAUGAAAAGGCGGCGGAAAUCGUGGCCCAGCUUGGUCAAGUGUCGAAUCAGAGAGACGAUCUGGUCAAGGAGUCGGCGGAAAAGGACGUUAGAAUUCAGGAACUAGAGGCGCUACUCGAAGAGGCGAAUCGACAAACGAUGGCUGCUAAAAAUCAAUUAGAACAGACGCAGAAAGUCAAGAUUGAACUUGAAGCGGAAAGUGAUCAGUUGCGACAAAGAGCGAAAACUUUGGACGAUGAUCUUUUGCGACUGCGGUCUGAGAGCGAGAUAAAGGUCAAUGAGUACAGGCGCCAAGCAAGUCAAGGAACAAGUGAUGGUGCGGCCGAACUGCUCUCUUCUCAACUGAUGGAGAAGGAGCAAGAGUUGAAUACGCUUAAUCAAAGGUAUGCAAACCUGAACGAUGAGCUCCAAAUCACUCGAAAUCGACAGGCCGACCAAAUGGUCGAGGUGACCGCAAAGUACGACACUCUUCAAGUCGAACUCGCCCACGUCAAGGCUGAAAACGAAAAGCUCAAUGGCGAGCUGACAGCUUUGACCGACGCUGCUCAGGAAGGCGGAGGCGCUGAUGUCGUGAUGAUCAGAAAGAACGAGUUGUUAAUGAAGGACUUGGAAUCGAUGAAAGAAGCGCAGUUGGCAGAGCAGCAAAAACAAGCGGAGAGAAAGUCAAGGAUGCGCUCGACGGAGAUGAAUACGGACGAAAUCGACAUGACUCUCCUUGAAACGCUGAAAGCUGAAAUGAUGAACAAGCAACUUGAUCUCGAUGAAACGAAAGAAAAGCUCUACGGCCAGGAAAUGGGCUCGUCAGAGCAGGUUUCAAGCCUAAUGGGAGAAAUCUCUCGGUUGACGAACACGAAUGAGCGGUUGGAGAAACUAUGCAGAAAGUUAAACAAAAAACUCAGAAGCGCGGAGAAGAAGGCAAAUGAAUUCGCCACGCAAGCUGGUCAUAGUGGAAGCCCGCUCUUUCCGUCAUCUCCUAGUGUCAGGUCCUUUGACGAUAGUCAGGAUCAAGAUGAUAUUUCAGUAUCGGAUUAUGAUACUAGGAAUUCUGCCUCACCAAGUGCUCCUCAAACCAGCGCUAGAAGUUGGUUCGGCUUGGGCGGCUCCAAAAGCGCAAUAUCAACAAAAGUGGAAAUCGACCGACAACCAAAGAAAGCCUCGGACGGAAUCCUCGUCUUCCAAGCUCGCGAUCUCGGUUCCGUUGUCAAUGCCAUUCUCGAAAGUGGCAACAAAAUCGGCUCUCCUCGAUGCGGCGCAGCUUUUCUCCUCUUCAUGGCGCUUCGACACACUGAUGCAAGUAACGACGAUGCGAUGCUGAAAGAGUUGUUGAUCGCGAUCAUCAACGGCCUAAAACGAAUGGGAAAACGACACAACCGAAGCUUACCAGGAAUCGCCCAGUGGACGUGUGUCGCCAUACGCUUUACUCAUUUGAUCUAUCAGUACUCUGGUGAAGCUGACUCGUCUCUAAUGAAUGAUGCACAACAAAACUCACACUGCCUUAAAAACUUCGACAUCAACGAAUUCCGCGGUUUCUUCUCCGAAACAGCAACAACCUUGUACAAAAACACGAUUUCUCUUCUUCAAGAAAAGCUCAAACCUCUUGUCGUCUCUGCCAUGCUCGAUCACGAUUCCCUCCACGGGAGUGACUCUGGCAAGUCCAUCGAGUACAAUUAUUUGUCACCCUUCGCCGUCCAGCGAACUGGGCAUACGCCGCUCCCCAGGCCGAGCUACUCCAUUUCAGACCUCAUCCGCGAACUGGGUACUUCCUUAGACCUCAUUGCCUCCUUUGGUGCUGACGAUGUUGUCAUCAAACAGAUUUGUCGACAGCUUAUUUAUUAUAUUGUCUCUAUUGCUCUUAAUCAAUUAUGUGCUCGAAGAGAUUUAUGCAACUGGACAAAAGCGAUGCAAUUGCGCUACAAUGUCUCGCAGAUUGAAGAGUAUCUCUCAAGAAGGGAAAUGAGGGACAAGCACAUGCUCAAGGAGCUCUCCCCUCUUGUCCAGGCUUCUCAACUGAUGCAGGUGAAAAAGCAGGACGAAAAAGAUGCUGACAACCUUUUGGCUAUGUGCGAAAGUCUCACUGGAGCACAGGUCCUCAAGCUUCUGCAGCUGAUAACUCCUGUUCACGAGUACGAAGAGCGUGUACCAUCAAAGUUUCUAGCCAUAAUCAAGGCGAAAAUCGCUAAAAACCCCGGCGUCAUCCAGCGCGACCUCAAUUACGUGGCCCAGCCCGAGUUCCCAUACGUUCCAAGUUCUGUCAAACUAAACGAAAUCGACGUUCCUUCCGAAAUCCGCAAACAUACGCAACUUGUAUAA